AUGUCGCCUCCCUUCGUCAACAAGUACACACCGCCGCCCCCGGACGCCCUGCCUGAUGUCGACGCGCUCCUGUCUUCUACGGAGCCAUACGACAUCAAUUUCGCACUUCCACUGCACCUUGAUACCCUUUCCUGCCCGACCGUCCGACUCACGCCCUUUGUCCCUGCCCUUCAUGCCAAGGAGUUCUGGGACAACGUCGAGUCACGAGCUGACGAGCUCUUCAAGUACUAUCCGUUCUUACCCGGGUCGCUGCCAGAGUAUCUGCGCAUCAUCGAGUCGUAUCGCCAGAACCCCGAGUGGCUGCCUUUCGCCGUGUAUGACAGGACAAAGAACGGCCCGGGCGGCGACGGUGCACUCGCAGGGAUGGUGAUGCUCAUUAACACCGCCGCGGCGCAUCUGCGGACGGAGAUCGGCUUUAUGAUCAUAUUCCCCGAGUUCCACCACACGCACGUCGCGCGUACUGCCGUCGCGCUCCUCCUCCGCUACUGCCUCCAGACGCCUACGGCCUCCCCACCCGGCCUGGGCUUCCGCCGUGUGCACUGGUCGGUGCAUCCGAGCAACAAGCCGUCGAUCGGGCUGGCGAAGAAGACUGGGUUCAAGGAGGAGGGCGUUCUGCGCUGGAUGUUCGUCCUGCCUGACGUUGAGACAUUGCAAAAGGCGGGAUGGGAGGUGAAGAGGAAAGGACAAGAGGUCGAGGGAUACGGAAGGCACUCGUUAUGGCUCUCUCAUUGCUGGGAUGAUUGGGAGAAUGGCGGACGUGAGCUGUGUGAGAGCAUCAUCGAAGGAUUGGUCAAACCGACUAGAGCUGCAGCAUGA